GGACUAUCUCCCAGUGGCAGGCCCUUCGAUAAAAUCAGGAACUUGCGCUGGCCCUGCAAUGUCAAGGGAGGGGGCUCACCCAGGGCUCCUGUAGCUCAUGGGGCAGGCCUGAGCCCUGUGCCCGCCCUGAGUUCGUCCCAGCCCCUGACGGGGCGCCCCAUCCUGAGGGGCUCCGCACUGGCCCCCACCGAAGCAGGGGACCUGACCGGCUAGGAGAUCGGCUGGAUGUUACAGGCGUGCAAAAUGGAAGGGUUUCCCCUCGUCCCCCCUGUGAGUACUGGGACUCCUCUACUGGCUCGACCCUCGGCCCUCAGACGCCAGUCCGCCUGCCCUCCAACCCCCCAGCCAGCUGCCCUCCCGCAGCCAUCGGAAGACCUGGUUCCCUAUGACACGGACCUGUACCAACGCCAGACGCACGAAUACUACCCCUAUCUCAGCAGUGAUGGAGAAAGCCACAGCGACCAUUACUGGGACUUUCACCCGCACCACGUGCACAGCGAGUUCGAGAGCUUCACCGAGAACCACUUCACGGAGCUGCAGAGCGUGCAGCCCCCCCAGCUGCAGCAGCUCUACCGCCACAUGGAGCUGGAGCAGAUGCACGUGCUCGACACCCCCAUGGCGCCGACCCACGCGGGCAUCGGCCACCAGGUCUCCUACCUACCCCGGAUGUGCCUCCCAUACCCCUCCUUGUCCCCGGCACAGCCUAGCUCGGAUGAGGAGGAGGGCGAGAGGCAGAGCCCCCCGCUGGAGGUGUCUGACGGGGAGGCUGAUGGCCUGGAGCCAGGGCCUGGCCUCCUGCAUGGGGAAACAGGCAGCAAAAAGAAGAUCCGCCUGUAUCAGUUCCUGCUCGACCUGCUCCGCAGCGGGGACAUGAAGGACAGCAUCUGGUGGGUGGACAAGGACAAGGGCACCUUCCAGUUCUCGUCCAAGCACAAGGAGGCGCUGGCACACCGCUGGGGCAUCCAGAAGGGAAACCGCAAGAAAAUGACCUACCAGAAGAUGGCCCGCGCCCUGCGCAACUAUGGCAAGACGGGUGAGGUCAAGAAGGUCAAGAAAAAGCUCACCUACCAGUUCAGCGGGGAGGUGCUGGGCCGCGGGAGCCUGGCCGAGCGGCGCCACCCGCCCCACUGAGCCCAGGCCCACAGAACCUGCUGGGCCCGCCAGGCCUCCCCGCUGGCCAUAGCAUUAACCCCUCGCCCGGCCCGGACACAGGGAGGCAAGCUCCCAGGGGCCAGGGGCAGGACUGUGGCGGGCCGGGCCUUGACUCACCCGUCCACUCCCUCCUCCAAGCCCGCUACCCACGGCCUCUCCUCACCUCCCACCAGGACUCCAGCCCCAGCUCCAGGGGGCCACCUGGGCGUCUGACCGCAGCCAAGGGUCAGCCUUGCUUAGUACAAUCUGGGGUGCUUCCUUGGGAGUUCAAAGUCAUCAGAUUUGUAUAAAUUGAACCCUCCUUCUUAAGCGUCUCUCCCUUCCCACACCUCUCCCUCGUUAGCUUCCUCAAGGAACAGUUAUUAAAGUUAUUCUCAGUGA